AUGUCCGCGGGACUACGCUCCCGGGGGCCACUGCCCGCCCCCGGCUGUGUGCGGCCGCUGCUCGUGCGGGUGCACGGGGAAAAUGGCGUCCCUUGUCGGGCUGGUUUUACCCCGGGGCUGGGAGGCGGCCUCAGCACCAGCCCCCUGUCUGUGUCCCUGAGUGCCAGAUCCCUUCCCGUGUCCCUGGGUGCCAGGCCCCUUCCCGUGUCCCUGGGUGCCCGAUCCCUUCCCGUGUCCCUGGGUGCCCGGCCCCUUCCCGUGUCCCUGGGUGCCCGGCCCCUUCCCGUGUCCCUGGGUGCCAGGCCCCUUCCCGUGUCCCUGGGUGCCCGAUCCCUUCCCGUGUCCCUGGGUGCCCGAUCCCUUCCCGUGUCCCUGGGUGCCAGGCCCCUUCCCGUGUCCCUGGGUGCCAGAUCCCUUCCCGUGUCCCUGGGUGCCCGAUCCCUUCCCGUGUCCCUGGGUGCCAGGCCCCUUCCCGUGUCCCUGGGUGCCCGGCCCCUUCCCGUGUCCCUGGGUGCCCGGCCCCUUCCCGUGUCCCUGGGUGCCAGGCCCCUUCCCGUGUCCCUGGGUGCCAGAUCCCUGUCCGUGUCCCUGGGUGCCCGAUCCCUUCCCGUGUCCCUGGGUGCCCGGCCCCGUCCCGUGUCCCUGGGUGCCAGGCCCCUUCCCGUGUCCCUGGGUGCCAGAUCCCUUCCCGUGUCCCUGGGUGCCCGAUCCCUUCCCGUGUCCCUGGGUGCCAGGCCCCUUCCCGUGUCCCUGGGUGCCAGAUCCCUGUCCGUGUCCCUGGGUGCCAGAUCCCUUCCCGUGUCCCUGAGUGCCAGGCCCCUUCCCGUGUCCCUGGGUGCCCGGCCCCUUCCCGUGUCCCUGGGUGCCAGGCCCCUUCCCGUGUCCCUGGGUGCCAGAUCCCUGUCCGUGUCCCUGGGUGCCAGAUCCCUUCCCGUGUCCCUGAGUGCCAGAUCCCUUCCCGUGUCCCUGGGUGCCAGGCCCCUUCCCGUGUCCCUGGGUGCCCGAUCCCUUCCCGUGUCCCUGGGUGCCCGGCCCCGUCCCGUGUCCCUGGGUGCCAGAUCCCUUCCCGUGUCCCUGGGUGCCCGAUCCCUUCCCGUGUCCCUGAGUGCCAGGCCCCUUCCCGUGUCCCUGGGUGCCCGGCCCCUUCCCGUGUCCCUGGGUGCCAGAUCCCUUCCCGUGUCCCUGGGUGCCAGAUCCCUUCCCGUGUCCCUGAGUGCCAGAUCCCUGUCCGUGUCCCUGGGUGCCCGGCCCCUUCCCGUGUCCCUGGGUGCCAGGCCCCUUCCCGUGUCCCUGGGUGCCCGGCCCCUUCCCGUGUCCCUGGGUGCCAGGCCCCUUCCCGUGUCCCUGGGUGCCAGAUCCCUGUCCGUGUCCCUGGGUGCCAGAUCCCUUCCCGUGUCCCUGGGUGCCAGAUCCCUGUCCGUGUCCCUGAGUGCCAGAUCCCUGUCCGUGUCCCUGGGUGCCAGAUCCCUGUCCAUGUCCCUGGGUGCCCGAUCCCUUCCCGUGUCCCUGGGUGCCCGAUCCCUUCCCGUGUCCCUGGGUGCCAGAUCCCUGUCUGUGUCCCUGGGUGCCCGAUCCCUGUCCGUGUCCCUGAGUGCCAGGCCCCUUCCCGUGUCCCUGGGUGCCAGAUCCUUGUCCGUGUCCCUGGGUGCCAGAUCCCUUCCCGUGUCCCUGGGUGCCCGAUCCCUUCCCGUGUCCCUGGGUGCCAGAUCCCUGUCUGUGUCCCUGGGUGCCAGGCCCCUUCCCGUGUCCCUGGGUGCCAGAUCCCUGUCCGUGUCCCUGGGUGCCAGGCCCCUUCCCGUGUCCCUGGGUGCCCGAUCCCUGUCCGUGUCCCUGGGUGCCAGGCCCCUUCCCGUGUCCCUGGGUGCCCGAUCCCUUCCCGUGUCCCUGGGUGCCAGGCCCCUUCCCAUGUCCCUGGGUGCCAGGCCCCUUCCCGUGUCCCUGGGUGCCCGAUCCCUUCCCAUGUCCCUGUGUGCCAGCCCCCUCUCCAAUGCAGAGAGUUUGAGAGUUCAAACUAUUCCUGCAGCAGACUAUGCAAAUUUUAUAACAUAUGAGGAAGAUAACCAGGCCAAGACUUUGCCCUGGGAAGCAGCUCCCGGUGUGGAGGAGGGUGUGAACAGUGCGAGCGGAGCUGGAGCCCCGGGCCCGCUGUCCGGCCCAGCCGUGCCCGGCAGCGCGGGGCAAUUCCCGCCGGGAAAACGCCGCCUCCCGGGAGCGGCCGACGGGAAUCGCUCCCAGGGAGCCGGGGGAGCUCGGGAGCGCCGAGUGCGGGAGCGCAGGGUGCGGAGUGUAGCGUGCGGGGAUGUCGAGCGCGGGGCGCGGAGUGCGGGAGUGUGGAGGUGCGGUGUAGAGUGA